AUGUCCGCCCCACCGAAGAAGAGUAACGUAGGCAUGGAAACUCGCCAUAAAUCUGAAACAGCAAAGACAGGCCGCGUCCAUCCUGCAGCCUCGCCUGAGCGUGUGCCUGACCCCGGGUCUGAUGCUAACGAGCGCCUGCUAUGUUGUAUGGAGGAAAUGAUGCAGAGCAUGCGCUCGGACAUUGUCUCUGAGUUUGAGCAGAUAGUAUCCGGGGUAGUUAAACGAGAGAUAGCCGCUGCCCUUCGACCGCUAGAAGCAACUUUGAGUGCGCAAAGUGAAACCAUUAAUAGCUUGGAAGAUACUGCUACGGAUUGUGGUGGCCAGCUAACUAGCCUACAAGCUACGGUAGCUUCGCUAGCCGAGCAGGUUGGCUCUCUGUCGCAGAAGUGCGAAGACCUGGAAGGGCGCUCAAGGCAGAAUAAUAUACGUAUUGUUGGAGUUCCAGAGGGAUCGCCCAAGCCCAAGGAUGGAGAGCCCCCUCGCCCUUUUGUUGCACGUGUAAACUUGUUUCAACAACGCAACAAGAUUUUGCGGAAAGCUGGUGCUUCGGCUCCACUCCCAUACCAGGGAAAGAGGGUGUCCGUGUUCCCGGAUUUCACUGCCGCCGUUUCUAAGAAGAGAUCUGCUUUUGCCACGGUGAAAAAAGGGCUCCAUUCAUGCCCGGGUGUGAAGUUUGGCCUGUUCUAUCCUGCGGUGCUGCGUGUUACUCUUCCCGGUGGACAGACUCAUCGUUUCGAAGACCCAGCACUUGCAGCGGACUUUGUGACCAAACAUGUGAAGACUAUGGUGUCUCCUGACUCUGUCUGA